AAUAAUAAAAUAUUGCCUAAACUAAAUCCCCAGCUCUCCCAAUCAGGUUUUCAUCCACCCUUAAAUCCCUAAUCCACUCCAUCCUCAAAUCUACUGCAAAAUUUCUCAAUCAAUUUUCAGUCUAAUUCAUUAUCUUUCUUCUUCUCCUUUUUCGGCCACCAAUCCCGCCGCCACAGCUGCACCGCCACCGCCGAAAAAAAAACUGAUUUUUGAAGAUGGACGGGACUAUUGCCAAUGAGCUCUAUUCAGAAAUCUUGCAGUCAUCUAGUGUUGAGUUCGAUAGAGGGUCAACUGCAGCACAAGCAAGUAACAAUUUGAACGUUUCAAAAAACGAUGAUGCGGGCGAUUUGUGGUACGAUGAAGAAUCUUCAGAGAAAGAUUCUACCGAGAAACUGAAUGCAGCAUCCGAUAUGGAGAGGGAGUGGCAAAAGAGGCGUAAUCAGUUCCAUACGAUCGGCUACCGUGACGGUGUCAUUGCCGGAAAAGAGGCUGCCGCACAAGAGGGGUUCAAUAUCGGCUUUAAAGAUUCCGUGCUAAAUGGAUACAACUGGGGUUUCGUCAGAGGUAUUACAAGUGCUAUAGCUUGCUUACCUGGCGGGCUAAAGGAGAAAUUGGUCGAAACAGAGGAAAUGAGAAAUAAGUUUCAGAGCUUGCAACAAUCUGUACAGUCUCUAUCGACAAUUGAUGCUUUGAAGCUAUUUUAUGAAGACGGAAAAAGGAAAUCAUCAAAUGGUGAAAAUAGUUCCGGUGUUCUCGAGAAUUACCAUGGACAACUUCAGUCACUUCUCGGAGAAUCUCCUCUGCUCGACGGACAUUCGGAAAGGAAAUAGUCGUGUUCAUUUUUCUUUUGCUUCAUCAAUUUAUAUUUAAAAAGUACCGAAUAGACUUUGCAUAGUUCGACUCAGUUCGAGUUCGGCAGAGAUUUGAUGUAUUAGUACACAAAUUGACAUUUAUGAUAUUUCAUAUUCUUAAAGA